CCACUGACACAACUACAUAUAAGUGGCAUUCUCGAUGCUCUGACCAUUUUGAGAUGAAUCUAAUCAAAUUACUUUGAGUAAAACAAAGCAAGAUGAGCACUACCACAGUCGAAACGCAGGCUCCCCCCCCACGAUGACAUGUACGGCAAAUACCAUCCCACUGAUCCGAGAAAUCUCAACCUGGAAUCCAACUUUGGGCCGAUGAUUCCAGAGCAGAUUGGGUAUUUGCAGCCUACGUCGAGGGAUACGCCAAUGGAGAUUAUGAAGAAGCGAUUCGACCGUGAUGGAUAUCUUCUGGUCAAAAACCUCCUCCCCAAACAGCCCGUCCUCGACUGUCGCCGGGAAUACUUCAAGCACAUGUCGCCAUCUGGUCUUCUCAAAGAAGGAACGGAUCUAGUCGACGGCAUCUUCAGCGAGAAAGAUAGUCGCAAGUUCUUACCCCCGGGUAAUCUGCGACGACUGUUCGGACUCAAAGACGACGAAGAAUCAGACAAGUAUCUGGAGCUGAUGAUCAGCGCGCACGAAGCAAAGUUCUAUCUUGAUCUCUGCGAGAUUCCCGAACUCCGCGACUUCAUCCGCAGGUUCGAAGGCUGGGAGCACAUCACCAUGUUGCAGCGGACGAUGCUGCGGGCAUUCACGCCCGACUGCGAGCUCACGCCUGUCCACUUCGACCAGAUGUAUCUCCGCGCUGGUCCGGCGACGAGUCUGACGGCGUGGGUUCCCAUCGGGGACAUCUCGCUCGAAGGGGGCGGGCUGAUGUAUCUCGAAAACUCGGCGGAUAUAGGCAGACAGACGGAGGAAGAGUUCAGUCGGAAUGCGGGCAAUCUGACUGACGAAGAACGCGUGUCUGCGUUUAACAAGAACAUGAACGACGGGGGGUUUCUGAGCCGGGAUACGGUUGAGUACGGACAGAAGACGAAGCGAAAGUGGCUGAUCACCGAGUAUGAAGUUGGGGAUGUCAUCUUCCAUAAUCCGUUUAUGGUGCAUGCGAGCUGCAAGAAUAAGGAUCCAGAGAGGAGGAUUCGACUGGCGACGGAUUUGAGGUUUGUGGAUGCCACGAAGCCUUAUGAUAAACGUUGGAUGAAGGUAUACAGACCGCUGGAUGGGUUGUAAUCUACAUGCAUCUGGAGAUAUACUUAUUUAUUAAACAUGAUGUCUAUACCUCAUAUGGUUUCACACCCAAAUACUUCCACACCAUGGCACUGUCCAACUCUACAGCCCGAUUCUUCACCGACAAAGUCACGUCAGCCGAUCCAUCAUUGAUAUACACCACACUCUUCUCCUAUACAGAUAUUAGCAAUUAUAGCAUAAAUGCAGUAGACACU